GAUCAACGCUGACUGGCGCGUGAAGAAGGAGUACAUGGCGGAUUAUAAGUGGAUCACGCGGGAACUCUGAGACUGUUGUUGGUCUAUUCUGUUCCUUGUUUUCCACGUGAUUUUAUCCCACUUUGUCUUUUUGCAUUAUCUGAUGACUACUAUUUUCUCUAUUUGUUUUUAGACACGUUGUUUUCUUUAACCUUAACCUUUUCGUAUUAAAAUCAAAUGGGAAAUUAGGAGAAGAAUGGCAAAGAGCUACAUCGAGAGUAAAAAUGAAGUGAUAAGAAUAGCCCUGUUCACGAAGCUUUCUCUGGGACAGGAACGGUUUAGAACACUGACGAGCUCUUACUACAGAGGCGCCCAAGGAAUCAUUCUCGUUUAUGAUGUGACGAGAAGAGAGACAUUCACAAACUUAGUAGAUGUGUGGAGUAAGGAGAUUGAGCUUUAUUCCACUAACCAAAAUUGCGUUGCUUAUAUAGUUAGUGUUGCUUAUAUAGUAGGAACCAGUGAACUUGAUUCCUAAGCACACCAAGAGAGAGAUAAAGAGCAGUUACAAGAUAAAGAGCAGUUUACAAGAUUCUUCUUCAACCUCCAUGACGUCGAUUCCUGAGCACACCAAGAGAGAGAUAAAAAGCAGUUACAAGAUUCUCUCGCCUGACACGAGAACAAUGGGUUGGAGUGAAAUGAACCACAUGUGUCAGCAAAGGAGAGAGGAGACAAAAUAAACAUAUAGAAGUGCGUGCAAGUAAGAGAAGAGAAGAGAAGAGAGAGCAUCACCAACUUCGAGAGUCUACCAAUCUUCAGUGAACGAACGAGAAAGAGAGAAGAUAAACAAACAUCAAAUGGCGAUUCCAAUGCCUAGUCGACAGCUAUUCAUCGACGGCGAAUGGAGAGAGCCAAUCUUGAAGAAUCGCAUCCCCAUCGUCAAUCCAGCUACCCAAGAUGUCAUUGGUGAUAUCCCGGGGGCAACAAAGGAGGAUGUGGAAGUAGCGGUCAACGCUGCUCGAAGAGCUUUCUCAAGGAACAAAGGUAAAGACUGGGCCAAAGCACCUGGAGCUCUUCGCGCCAAGUAUCUACGCGCUAUUGCUGCUAAGGUGACUGAAAGGAAGUCGCAUCUGGCAACGCUUGAGUCGCUUGACUCUGGUAAACCUUUGGAUGAAACUCUUUGGGAUAUGGAGGAUGUUGCUGGAUGUUUUGAGUUUUAUGCUGACCUUGCUGAAGGAUUAGAUGCUAAGCAGAAAGCUCCUGUUUCUCUUCCCAUGGAGAGUUUUAAGAGUUAUGUUCUCAAGCAACCUCUUGGAGUUGUGGGACUCAUCACACCUUGGAAUUACCCACUUCUGAUGGCUGUUUGGAAGGUGGCUCCUUCGCUUGCUGCUGGAUGUACUGCCGUUCUCAAGCCAUCAGAGCUCGCUUCUGUCACUUGUUUGGAGCUUGCUGAUAUCUGUCGUGAGGUUGGUCUUCCUCCUGGUGUCCUCAACGUUCUGACUGGAUAUGGUUCGGAAGCUGGUGCUCCUUUGGCUUCACAUCCCAAUGUCGACAAGAUUGCUUUUACCGGAAGUUUUGCCACGGGAAGCAAGGUCAUGACAGCUGCUGCUCAGUUGGUGAAGCCUGUUUCGAUGGAGCUGGGUGGGAAGAGCCCUCUCAUUGUGUUUGAUGAUGUUGAUCUUGAUAAAGCUGCUGAAUGGGCUCUCUUCGGUUGCUUCUGGACAAAUGGUCAGAUCUGCAGUGCAACUUCCCGCCUUCUUGUUCAUGAAAACAUCGCAUCUGAAUUCAUGGAAAAGCUUGUAAAAUGGAGCAAAAACAUUAAAGUUUCUGACCCCUUUGAAGAAGGAUGCAGGCUUGGUCCUGUUGUCAGCGAAGGACAGUACGAGAAAAUAUUGAAGUUUAUCUCAACGGCUAAAAGUGAAGGGGCAACGAUUUUACAUGGUGGUUCCCGACCUGAGCAUCUGAAAAAGGGCUUCUUUAUUGAACCAACCAUCAUAACUGAUGUAACCACUUCAAUGCAAAUUUGGAGAGAAGAAGUUUUCGGGCCUGUUCUUUGCGUGAAAACAUUCUCCAGUGAGGAUGAGGCAAUUGAGCUAGCAAAUGAUUCCCAUUACGGACUAGGAGCUGCAGUGAUAUCUAAUGACGCUGAAAGAUGCGACCGCAUAAGCCAGGACUUUGAAGCUGGGAUUGUGUGGAUUAACUGCUCACAGCCAUGCUUUACUCAAGCUCCAUGGGGUGGAGUCAAACGCAGUGGGUUUGGACGCGAAUUAGGAGAAUGGGGACUUGAUAACUACUUGAGUGUGAAGCAAGUGACUCUCUACACAUCAAACGACCCGUGGGGAUGGUACAAACCCCCUUGCUAAGUAAUGGAUGUAUACCUUGUCAUGAAAACGGAAAACCAAAUGCUGUCUGUGUGCUUCUGUUUUUAUCAGUCUUGUCUGUUUGUGGAACGUUUUGAGUAAAAAAGUAAAGACGAUAUGAAUAAAGUCAACUUUGGUGA